GACCGAGUCUACACUAGGUCGGUGGAUUCACUUCUGUGGUGUUGACGUGGAGGUGGAGGUCAUCUCACUUAUAAGUCGACCCUCUGCUGCUCUCCGAAGCUCAUCUGACGUGCAUCAAACCCGACAAGUUCACCAUCAUCAGUAUUACUCCUCUCUUCCUAUUUCCUAGGUCUCAUUUUCUUUUCGGGGUCUCGGUUUCCUUAUCACCAUCUGUGUCUCCUUGAUCAAAAUCGUUUGAUACGAGCCAUCUUCCUUUUGAUACAUCGAGUUUCUGCCUGUUACCUAGGUAUCGAAUACCAUCAUCUACUUCUCGUCUAAUAGGUAAUCACCUAAUCAACCCGACACUCGACGGUUCGGCUCGGUCUCAUUUCAUUGCAUCAUUUUUAUCUCUUGAUUUCUUUUCUACUUCCCAUCAGUAAGGAAGAAGAGAUUGCCAGUCGACAAAAGCUUUAUACAUCAUGCCUGAUCUGUCCCGAACAUCGGCUCAUCACCACCACCAAUAUCAACAUAUUCCAGUUUCUCUCAGCCAGUCCGCCUCAACCAUGUCAUACUAUCAGCAACCUCGCCAGGUCUCCUACUAUGGGGAUCUCUCCACAACAGCGGCUGCUCCUCAGAUGGCCAUGCCUUCAUACGACGCUUAUGCCGUGGGCGCAGUAUCUUCGAUGCAGAUUCCCACUGCCACCAUGGGAGGACCCGUGGGCGGCGGACCUCUACCGGCACAGCAUCGCGCCUCUUCGGGUGCGUGGAACCAGGACGAUGACAGGGCACUGCUCGCCCUCCGCGCCAUGGGCAAGAAUUGGAACCAGAUUCAGCGCGAGGCCUUCCCAAAUAAGACGGGCAAUGCCUGCCGAAAGCGUCACGAGCGGUUGAUGGAGCGCCGGGGCCAAACCGAUUUCGACAGUCUCAAGCUUGAGCGCCUCAGCAAGGAGUACAUGAGCAUGCGUAAGGAGAUUUGGAAGCCCUUGGCCGAUCGCUGUGGCGAGAAGUGGCACGUUGUUGAGGCACAGUGCAUGUCCAACGGUCUCAAGAACAUCCAGUCCCACGCCCGUUCAUACAGCCGCAAAGAACGUUUGGCAAACGGCCAAUCCUCAUCAGGAUAUGACGAUGAUAGCGGCAUCUCGGGAAUCGGUCUGACACCCAUUGAUGACGACGAUGUGGAUGACUACAGCAGCCCCGAGCCCUCCUCUGGCUCCAUCCACGGCGGCGGCGCACACUCUAGUACUUCCGGCGGCAGCAGCACCGGCAGCGGAGGCACCCCGUCUCACCACCAGGCAUUCGCUCAUCAGAGCAACUACCAGACUUAUGGCUACCAACCCCAUCACGGCUACAGCAACAGCGUGUCAAGCACGGGCACUACUGGCGGAUAUGCCCACCACCAUGGCGGCUCGAGCCAGGGGACGAGUCCUUAUAUGGGUCACGGUAAUCGUCUUCCUAGUGUGGGCGAUAUGGGAAUCAACAAUAUCAUCAAUCGUGGCUCGGGACGAGAUGCCAAUUGAGGGUUGUCACUUCUGUCCUCAUCCUUCGUCUCUUUUUUCAUUAUCUUAACCUGUCUUUCUACAUCCAUUAGUAUCCUCAGGUUAUCCUAUCUUCUCUUGUGUUUUUUUUUCCGUCUUGUCUUGAUUCGGUUUGGAAAGGGGGAGCAUUGACGGACGGUUCUAACUGGGCUUACUACUACACUCACUAUACCCAGUUGUGCAGCACAAGAUGGCGUUCUAUGGGGUACACUUGUUUUAUCGUUUUUUUUUUGUUUUUUUUUUCUCUGUUUAUUUCCUGUUCGGGCUCAGGGUUGUUUUCGAGGCGUUUACUUGUGUCACUUACUGCCUUGCGAACGGCGUUCAAGGCUGUUUGUUGUUGUCGUUGGGAUAUGCAAAGUCCUGAAGUGAGGCUUCUCAAUCUCUGUCACUAAUGCAUCUACACAUGGAUCUCUGUUCGUUUGCUUAUCAUGGUCAAGAGGUGUCUCGUACUAUAUCUCUAUUUAUCUUUAUCUCGUGCAUGGGUCUUUUCAUCAUCGAGGCUUGCUUUAUCUUCGCAUAUGGCUUC